AUGAGCUUGAUGAUAAGAACUACAAAUCUAGUAUUCUAUAAUUCUUGUUUAACGUCCACAACAGCGAAAUAUGUUUCGCAAUUGGCUGGUAUUCAACCACGUGGCUUACUUCAUACAAGUUCGUCGUUAAUGAACGAAGAGAAGGAACACCGUCAGUCGUUGGAAAUAAAACAACUGAAAGAUUACAUGAUGCAUCAUGAGAUAUAUUCGGAGAAGGAACUACAAAACGUCACAACGACUCAUAAAAAACUCAAAUCAUGGCAUGAUCGAGUAGCUUAUGCAGCCGUUCGUACAUUACGUUUAGUCUUCGAUACCUUCACGGGUUAUCUGCAUGGACCGACGAUGGCAAAAUUAGGUUAUCAAAAUCCUUCGAUGACAGAAGAACAGUGGCUGAGACGUUUCAUUUUCCUUGAAACAGUUGCUGGCGUGCCCGGCAUGGUUGGUGGAAUGACUCGUCAUAUGAAAUCACUCCGUACAAUGCGUCGUGAUUAUGGAUGGAUUCAUACAUUAUUAUCUGAAGCCGAAAAUGAACGAAUGCAUCUGCUGACAUUUCUGGAAUUACGACAGCCAGGCUGGAUAUUUCGUAGUUUUGUUCUUUUGGGCCAAGGUGUAUUCUUCAAUGCUUUCUUUUUAUCUUAUCUUCUCUCUCCGAAAACUUGUCAUCGAUUUGUUGGCUUUUUGGAAGAAGAAGCAGUGGUCACGUAUACCCGAUGUCUGAAAGAUCUCGAUGCUGGUAAGCUGCCAGCUUGGACUAAUCUACCAGCACCGACAAUAGCUAGAAAUUAUUGGAAGUUAUCGGAUAAGGCAAUGCUAAGAGAUGUCUUAUUAGCUAUCCGUGCCGACGAAGCAACGCAUCGACAAGUUAAUCAUAAACUAGCUGAUGUCGGACCAAAUGCACCGAAUCCAUUUUUGGUUGAAGAAAAUCAAAUACCGCCUCCACCUAGUUUAGAUGAACAACGAACAAUCGAUACAGCAAAUAAAAACUAA